CUUUAUUGAAAAAAAUAAACACAACCUAAACUUAAAAAUGUAACCAUACUCUAAUCAAGCAAUUCCAUAACCAUAAGUCCAUAACCAUAACGAGUAUCAAACAUCUCAAUUAAGGCCGCUGCGGCCCAGCAUAGGCCACCCCUUGGAACUUCAAUUCCCUUAUACGGCUAGAGUGCUAGAGUAGCUAGACCAUCUUCCGAGUGAUACAACUAACUACCAAGUACCAACCUCACCUCACUUAACACACUCCUUCGUACUUUUGUUCUUCUCAUCAAAGUCAUCCUCUAAACUUAACCAUGACCAUCUUCCUUCGCCGAAACCACCGCUACUUCCACUCACCACACCAACUAACAACCGCCUUUCGACACUACUCUCGAAUAUCGCCGCCCCGACCCACCGGGCCGGACCAAGUGAUUCGGGUCGUGAACAACAUAGCCCAUCUGGGAAGCCCAAAGGAGGGCCCAAAACCCCGUCAGCUUCUUUCUCUCCCUCCGUUUCCGUCUGACCCUUUGCCCGCCAAGUGUUCGACGAAAUCCCUCAAUGGAAAGCAGCAUACCCGUGUUACUGCAAUCAGUUGGGUCAAGUAUUAUUUUGAUGAAGUUCAUGAUUCUGUUAUUCAGUCUCAUUUCAAUAAAGGGCUUGUGCAGAUAGAAUAUCCGAUUACAAAAGGCUCGUCGAGCAUCCCUGGGAAGACGUCUAUGAGGAAGAUUAAGCACAAUGAAGCGAUGAAGGCAGGUACGAAAAUCCUUGUACCUGUGUCAAUUGCUGAAAGUAGGAUUUCAAGGAGAUUUGAUCCCAUACCAUGUGGAACUUUAAAUCCAAAUGCUGAUGAAAUAGCUUACUUGCAGAGGCUUGUUAAGUACAAGGAUUCGGCUAUUAUUGUGCUUAACAAGCCUCCAAAGUUGCCCGUGCAGGGGAAUUUGCCAGUUCAUAACAGCAUGGAUGUUCUUGCUGCUGCAGCAUUAUCUUAUGAUUACGAGGAAGGUCCUCAGUUGGUACAUCGUCUUGACAGAGAAAGUAGUGGUAUCCUUUUGAUGGGAAGGACAAAGGAGAGCACUUCUUAUCUUCAAAAACUGUUUAGCAAUAUGAAUGUUGCAAACACAUCAUGUCUGGCCUGGAAUGAUGCAUGUGGAGCUACAUUUAUGAAAUAUUGGGCAUUGGUCAUAGGGUCCCGAGAAAAGGAAGGUGUGAUAUGUGCUCCUCUCACAAAGGUGCUUCUCGAUGAUGGAAAAUCCGAGAGGGUAAUGCUGGCUCAUCCAUCAGGUUUAGAAGCUUAUCAAGAAGCUUUGACUGAGUAUCGGGUACUUGGCCCUAUGAUCAAUGGGUGUUCAUGGAUUGAACUACGACCACAUACCAGCUGGAAACAUCAGCUGCGAGUCCAUUGUGCUGAAGCUCUUGGCACUCCCAUUGUGGGUGAUUACAAGUAUGGUUGGUUUGUGCAUCAGAAGUGGAAGCAGACACCUCAAGUUGAUAUUGAGCCAAUAAGUGGCCAGCCUUACAAGUUGCGGCGGCCAGAAGGUUUGGACAUUCAGAAAGGCAGUGUUUUAUCUAAAGUUCCAUUACUACACCUUCAUUGCAGAGAACUUGUUCUGCCUAACAUUGCUAAGUUUCUCAGAGUUUUGGGACAGAGGUCUGAAGACUACCACCCAAAGCUCAAUGAGAAACCGGACAUCCUCCGAGUUGUUGCAUCUAUGCCUUCACACAUGAAAAUCAGUUGGAAUGUCAUGUCUUCUUAUUUGGUCUGAAUUACACCCUGCUCAUUUCAGGUCAUCAGAUGUAUAAAAUGUUUAGACUGCACUCCAAUCUGUACAAUUUUGCAAGGUCAAUGUAAAUAAAAGUUUGCAUACUAUCUUCAGGUUCAA